AUGAUAUCAGAAGUUUUUUUAGUCCUUGCAGGACAUCCAUCCUCUCUCUUCCCAUCAGACCAUACCAUCCAUCCUUCGUUUACUCCUCUCCUUCAUCCCGGAGAACAGCAAUGCCUCGAAUCACUCGGGAAAAUUGCUUGCAAUUAUCGCAGAAUCAAGACAUCGUGUAAAUUGCUUUCAACGAGUUCGUCUUCCCGAUAUAUCUGUGCUUUAUGUGCUGCUAUCAACCACAUUCUAAAGGAUGAAUACGAAUCUUUGGUCAUCAAUACUGAGGCAAAAAUUCUACGACGUGAUUCGAAUUUGGUCGGGAGUCGAUCUUUCGUUCCACUCUCGUCGAUCCGCGCGUUGUUCUCAGAAUGGGACGCGCCUAUGAUCGCGCUUGUCGCGUUGCUUGAGGAAAUAGAUUCUGAGAAGGAAUGGCGGCCUGGACCUCUCAUCGAUCUGUUGCUUGAACGUUCAAGGACUGGAGUCCAUCGCAUCGCACACAUCUUUCAUUUCUUAUGCCAGGCCGUCGAACGCGUAUGGAGGACGCAACUCAUUGUAUUUGUCGUUCAUGGAACGUUAUCUCCAAGAGAUCCCUUGGUAUCUGAAUCGUUCGUACUUUUGGAGGGCUCUACGCCAUCAUGUGUGUCUGAACAAUCGUGCGACUCGAUUGUGUAUGUUGGGCGUGCAAUUGCCACCGUAAAAGCAGCCAAAUGGCAGAAACAGCUUCCAGCGGGUCUGGCGCAGGAACAUGCGAUCGCGUUGGAGGGCGUUUUUCCAGAUGAUCGUACCAAUUUCGAGCGAGUUAUUGCACAAAUCAGGACCAAUGUUAGCGAGUGGCUCUGGGUGAAUAUCUUGACAAUGCAGGCAGUUGAGGAUGCCGUUGAUUCACUAGCAAACUACUUUCUCCUUCGCAACGGCGAGUUCGGCCUUUCUCUCAUACGGGAAAUCGAGAGGCUGAAGGUAUCACGGCUGACCGUCCGUUCCGGUGCUACCUCCAUGAUACGUGAACAAGACCUUAACCUUGCAAUCCUUCGUGCCUCGUUGGGUACAACUGCACAGCAAGAUCCUGCCCUAUCUCGUCUCCGCUUCGUUUUACCCUCAGGACCUCUCCUUCCUCUCCUCCCUUUGAGUGCCACUUCCAAUCUUCGACAAGGUACUUCCUUCUCGGCUUCGGCUGUGCAUCCAGCGGCUUUGGACAUGUCAUUGUUCAAUUCUCACCUGCUGGGUACACCCCUCACCCUCGAUUACUCCGUGGAUUGGCCCCUUGAUCUCUUCAUCCACCAAUCCGAUUUGACUUCUUAUGCAACUCUCUUCUCAUAUAUAUCUGCUCUCAGAAAGACACACACGAGUAUUCACUCUUGUUGGACUUCUCUGUCGAACUCCCAAAGAGCCCGUCGGCGAUGGACAGGCUUGGGUGAAGGCGGAACAGCUGAUGACCUGGAAACCCGUUCUUCAUUGCUACGGUGCGGGUGGGGUGUGGUUCGAGACAUGGGCUGGUUUCUAGAUACUCUUCUAGGUUAUGUCAUGAUUGAUGUUGUUGACGUCGAAUAUUUGAAGUUGAAAAGGGAGCUAGGACAAGGAAGCAGUGCACCAACAGGUAGUGUCCGGUCCAUCCCUCCGUCACGAAGCAAUAUCUCGAAUGUCGCGACUUCCCAUCUGGAUUUCACGACAUUACGACAAAUACAUGCUUCCUAUUUGGACCGGUUACUUACUGGAUGCCUUCUUACCAAUCCCGAGGUGACGAGCACACUUUCGCACAUCUUUGAUAUAUGCGAGCGAUUUGUUGCUCAGGUGGAACGAUGGGGAGGAGACAUACUUCCAGCUCUGCUCUUCGAAGGAAGUAUGAGAGACGGAGUGGAAGAUGUUGGUGUACUGGUUCGGGAACGCCAUGGCAUAGUUGCCGAUGUCAAUGAGACUCUUCGUGAACUUCUGAAUUCCUUUUAUGAGCAACUUUCGAAGACGACAUUUCAACAACCUUUUUCUUCCACGGACGCGUCAAAGUCAAUUCACAUGAAUGCUACGAUGGCCAAUCAUACUAUGUUCAAUAUUUCGCGGGUCGGGAAGGUUGUGGACCGUGACAGAAUAGAUGUACGCCGGCAUGUCGAACGCUUGUUGCUCCGGUUGGAUUUCAACGGUGGGUUUACAAAGUUCAGGUGGAAGCAAGCUUCAAGUGUAGGGCAGGAUAUCCUUGCGCAAGGGGGUGUAAACUGA